GAAUUUCUAUAUUGAAUAGUAUUUUAAGGAAUUGGUGGUAAUACCAUAUCAUUCCUGCCAGAAUCUUCUUUAACUUUAUAUCUUUUUAAUUUCUUCUUUUCCCUCUCUAAUUUCUCUCUCAUCCUUUAAAAUUAUAUAAGAAAUUGAUGCCAUGCUGGUUCAGACUAGUUGUUCAGCCAAGACAGUAUAUUAUAGAUGUUACAAGAGGCAUUUUGAGGAAGAGUGUGUUUUUGUGAUAUUAGAGUUGUACCUUAGAUGUCUGAGGUCCUAUAAUAAAAGAACUUGCCAAGCUGCCUGGAAUUUUACAAGUGUCUCCCAAGGGAAAAACUGAAAUCAUUAUGACAUUAGGCAGAUUGACUCAUCUUGUUCACAGAACAGUAAUUAACACUUAUAUUUUAACUCUCAAGACCUCAGUACUCCUCACCAGCUAUUUUCUUGAAAUUGCAAAAUUUAAUAAGAACUUUAAAGUAUCAAAUCUCUAAAACCAAAACAAUUUAUAAAGUACUGACAUAAGGAUGUGAGGAUUUAGAAAGCAAUAACUGGCAGUUAAAAUACGAGUAGAGCAAGACAUUUCAAGGGACAAAGCACUUCCAUUUGCUGGAGGAAAGGGCUUUGGCCAUGUUUCUCAUUCUUUUUACCUCACAGGAGAGAAAUACGAACUACAUGCAGGAACCGAGUCAACCCCAAGUGUGGUGGUUCAUGUCUGUGAAAGCGAAACUGAAGAGGAAGAAGAAACAAAAAGCCCCAAACAGAAAAUUACCCAGACAAGGCGCCCUGAGCCUGCAGCCGCAGCCCCGAAUGAGCCCCAGACCUUCGACUGCGCGCUGUGAGGCCCCUGGCUCUGCGCGAGGCAGCUGCGUGCCCCGUGCUGGUCGUCGCUGCUGCGUGUCGCCGAGACUGAGUCCCCAUGGACACAGCCCCGAUGGCGGAGCCCCAUGCUUGGCACCAAGACGAGAGGGGUGCUGCCGGAUGCCAUGGCCAGCAGGGCAUGGAGGGCCCGUGGGAGCCCCACCUUCUCUUCUGGGACUAGCUGAUCUGCAGAGUUCAAGGGUGUGUUGGGGAGCCCCUGCUGCUCCAGGGCACCAGGAAAUCAGCUACGGAGGGCAGAGAAGCCCAGAGGACCUGAACUCAUAUGGAUUCCUUGGGGACAGAGGAAAGGACUGGGCAGCUGUUGGCCUGCAGGACACACCCUGGACCCGGGGCUGCAGGGGCAGGCCUGUGACCCAGGGAAGCAGCCAGUGGGACUGUGGCAGCUGCCACCACCUUCUAGGAACAUUCUGCCCUCCGUUAGCACCCAGAAACUGGAAUUUUUACAUGAAGUCUGUUUUUAGAUAUUAGCAACUAAUUAGAAUUCUUUUUUUUUCCUA